UGUCUUGCAUUGUCGAAAAGUGCAUGCUCAAUACAAAAUUUGUACUUAUUUGUCAGACCCUGUAAGUAAAUAGGGAUUUUUUAUUUAUUUGUAAGCUUACAGAAUGAGCAUAUUUUCCGAUGAUACUGUCACGUUGUUUAGUGCACGUAUGUGCAAUAUGAAUAUAGAUUUGUGUUCAAAUAGUGACUCGUCACUGAUAAGUAAAACAUUUUAGUCCUUGGACACUCCACGUUGUAGGUAAGUAUCUUAUGCUGUGGCUGUAAGUACACUGCAGUCAGUGCUUGUUCUGGCUUAUUCGGUGUUUUCAUUUGCGCGUUUACUGAUGUGCGGUCUGCGAUUUGCGUUCAAGUAAACACGUGGAAGUUUUUACUGUUACCAAACGAUUAUUGUUUUAACGUAUAAGGAACUGGAAAAAAGGGGUUUAAAAAAUUGUUAGCUCAAGAAUUUUUAGGCCUCAAAUAACAUGAGUAAUCAUCAGUGCAAGGAAACACAUUGCGACUGCGGCGAAAAUAAUAGCUCAUACGACUGGGUAUGGGACGACAAAUUUCAGACUAAUAAGCUCAAAUUGGAUGAAAAGAGCUUAGAGGUUAAUUUCCAUCCUAUCUUCAGUAAUGGCACCGCUGCAGUAAGGGGAAACAAAAUCUUAUCCAAGAACAGACAUCACUACUGGGAAGUUGAGAUGCUCACGCAAAUCUAUGGCACAGAUGUGAUGGUGGGAGUUGGUACAAAGAAGACUAAUCUACUUAGAGCAACAAACAGUUUUGAGUCACUGCUUGGUAUGGAUGGCGAGUCCUGGGGAUAUUCAUACAGAGGUAAUAUACAACACGGUGGUCAAAUGAAAGCUUACCAAGGUAGCUUUAAUAAGGGUAAUUUGGUUGGAGUACAUUUAGAUACGUGGAAGGGUGUUCUACAAUUUUUUCUCAAUCGCAAGCCACUUGGUAUUGCAUUUACUGGACUAAGGGGAUUCAAAUUAUAUCCCAUGGUCUGUUCCACCGCAGCAAAAAGUAAAAUGAGAAUCACUUAUUGCUCUUCAAUACCAGCUUCCUUGCAAACAGAGUGCUUAGCUGUACUUAGACCAUCACACAAAGCUUAUUUAAAUACAGCUUUCCCAGGGCUCAAAUAUCUUUCAAAAAGUAUUUUUGCAGAUAUUCUUCAGAAAAAAUAUGAUGAUAAUUAUGAUGAUUAUGAUGAUGACGAUGAUGACGAUGAUGAAGAAAAUGAUGAAGAUGAUGAGUUCUCUAGAGAAAAUUUACAUUUAGAGGAUUUCGAUGUAACAAUGAAACAGUGUCGAAAGAGAAAGAAAAGGAAGUUAAUAGUUCGUCACACUUUUGAAAUCUCAUCUAGAUAGAAAAAGUGUCGUUUUCAGUGUGCCAAUUUGAUCUAUUAAUUUAUUAAAUUAUCAAUAAUUUUUUUAUUCCUCGACCAUUUUACAAUUUUAAUCAAAUUAAAAUAUAGAAAAAUAAGUAUUUUAAUACGAAACGAGAAUUCACGGCAGUUCUUGAAUGAAUUAAAUUAAAAUGUUCAGGAAAUUUAUGACUACGAAAUCAAUAAAAAAUACUUAUUUGUUACUACUUAUAAAUAUCUAUGCUUAUAAAGAUAAAACUCUCAU